GCUGCCACUGAGACCACAGCUCUAAUAGAGACCUCCACUGUGGAAAGCCUGACCCACAGUACUUGUGUUAGAAUGUCUUAGUCCUGUUUGUCUGUGAGAUUACAUUCAGCACGGUUUGAAGAACCUUUUUGUUUUUUUCUUCUUCUUCUUCUGUGGUUUGGCCUUCUUACAGUUCUGUACACAUGAUUCAAAUGGAGGACGCAGGUGAACAGGAAGUAGGAGCGCCAGAAAAAGGAUGUGGGAACUGGUCGAAUCAGGAGAUAGCCCAACAUCCAGUGAUCACUCAGCCUGGACUGGGAGAAACGACGAUGACGGUGACAACCAUAAUGCAGACGGGAGGCGACUGGAACACCAGUCUCUUCAACGUGUGUGGAGACGUGCCCACCUGUCUGAUGGGUGCGUUCGUGCCGUGCUGUUUGGACCUGAGUCUGGCUCAUCAGUACGGAGAAUGUUUGUGUCUACCGCUACUGCCCGGCUCCACUCUCGCCAUGCGCGUGGGUAUGAGGGAACGCUUCAAAAUACGAGGCAGUGUGUGUGAGGACUGGGUCACAGUGUACUGCUGCUACCCCCUGGCAGUGUGUCAGAUGAUCCGAGAAAUGAAGAGGAGGCUGAAGUGUCAGAUGUAUACCGUCUCCACUGCGCUGCAGAGCUCCUGAACGACUGCCAAUUCCCUCUUUUUCUACGACUUCUUCUUCUCCUGCUCUCUGUUUCCAAAAAAAACAGUCUAAGAGAAGGCGAUGAUAAAAUAUUGAGGGGAAGAACCUUCAGGUCAUUGGUGCAUUUGUUCUUUAAGGUUUUCCGGUUCCCUGUGAAUUUGGUCACCUUCUGCUGAAGGAACUGUGAUUUAGACAUUUCCAGGAGAUUUGUGUGUGUGUGUGUGUGUCUGUGU